AUGCCACACAGCUUCAAACCCGGGGACCUCGUCUUCGCCAAGAUGAAGGGCUACCCGCACUGGCCGGCCCGGGUGAGACGGCGGGGCCGCGCCGCGGGGGGACGGAACGGGAGGGGGGCGGGGGUCCUGGACCGGGAUGAGGGCGGGAUCGGGUGGGGGGACCGGAGACGGGAUGGGGACGCGUGCCUCCGCCGGCUGCUGCUGCCGGCCCUGGCGCUCGCCCUCCUCGGCCUCACCGCCGCCGCCGCGGGGCCGCGCCACACCCCGGCGCUGGAGCUGGCGGAGGAGCUGGCCGAGGAGCUGUGGAGCGCGGGGCUGCCCGGCGAUCUGCCCGAGCUGGAGCCCGAGUGCCGCAGCCUCCUGGCCGCCUUCGCGGAGGACAGCGCGGCGCUGACGGGCUGCCUGGGCCGGCGCGCCCGCCCGGUGCGGCUGUGCCAGGGCUGCCACGGCCCCUACCGCCGCCUGCUCGCUCAGUACGGCACCAUCGCCCGCGCCGUCGGGAAUUCUUCUGARAGCCACAAUUGUGCCAAAAGCAUCUUGACCUCAGACAGGCUGCAGAUAGUUGUGACCCUUUCGGAGUUCUUCAAUGAAACCUGGGAGGCAGCCAACUGUGCAAAUUGUUUAAAGAAUAACAGUGAGGGAUUAUCAAAUUCUACGGAAGAAUUCCUGGAUUUAUUCAAUAAAUCUCUGACAUGUUUUGAACAUAACCUUCAGGGACAAACCGAUCUGUCACCAAAUAACUACACAGAAGUGUGUAAAAACUGCAAUGAAACCUACACCAAAUUGAAUGACCUGUACAACCAUCUGCAGAGGAUGAUCAGGCAAGGUGGUGAGUCCGGGCAGCCUGCACACUUGUGUAUCGACGUGGAAGAUGCUAUGAACAUCACUCGGAAGCUUUGGAGCAGGACUUUCAACUGUUCUCUUCCCUGCAGUGAUACRGUCCCAGUGAUUGCAGUUUCAUCUUUUAUUCUCUUCCUUCCUAUCGUUUUUUAUCUUAGUAGCUUCCUUCACUCAAAGCAGAAGAAACGGAUACUCAUUUUGCCCAAGCGCAUCCAGUCAAAUGCCAGUCUUGUGAACAUCCAAGAAAAAUACAGCUGAGCUGCAAAACAAAACCUGAGAACUGCUGCUGGUAUACAGUGGGUACAAUUGUGUUGGAAUGAGGCCGGCACAAAAGAGGAGUUAAUUAUGGUUUAGUGUAAUGAUACAGAGCAACACGAGUUAAACAAAAUGCUGUCUGACUUCUAAGCAAGGAUAUUAACAAACAUGACAAGGCAGGGCUGUGUGACACUGUAUGGACUCUGGUUUUGAAAAAUCUAUGGUGGUUUUUUUGGUCUCGRGCUGAAGCUGGUGUUUUUCUGUUUCUAAGUUUUUGUAUUUCACAUCAAUAGAAUAGCUACACUUUCCUUGCAUGGUAUUUUUCUAUAUUUGUUUCUCAAAAACCUGAGAUUUUGAAUCUUUUUGAGGUGAUUUUGAUAGACAACACUUGAAAUAAUGUUUGCUGUUUCUGCUUAAAACAUUGUUUUCAAUUCUACAUAACAUUCAGACUUGGGAUGGAAGGAACCCUUUAAAAAAUAAGAAGUUCCUAUCUUUCCAAUACCACUGAAAUCUCAUGCUGCUGGCAUCUGUUAAAAAAAAAAGAGGCAUGAAAUAUGCAGAGAAAGUGGUAAUAUGUGGUGUCUAAAAUGGCAACAAAAGCAGCACAACUGCCAGUGCUGGACUUGAAUAGUAAUUGUUGAUGGCUACAGUAUUCUAUUCUCUCUGAAACUGGUGGCAUAUUUAGCCCUUUGCACACUUUAACCACUAAAAUCAUUGCUUUUCAAAUGUUACAUUUUCUGAGGCUUUUUUAAACGUAUCUACUUAGGUAACAAGGUUUCACUCUCUGUUUAUUAUGCCAUUUCCUUUUUAAUUCGAAUGUUUUGGGUUUUUUUAUGUUUUUGUGGAGAAGUGAGGUAAAGUCAAGUCACUGGAGAUGCUGAAUUUCCUGGUCUAGAGCUUGCUGUGGCUUAAUACAGAGGUGUUUACAGGAACUUUAUGGGGUGAAAGUUGUGUUUUCUAGGUGAUCUGUUUUAAGAGGAAGUGAAUCAGGGGGUUCUGAUGAACAUGAAUAUACUGUGUUGGGAAUUGGUGACCUUCAAGAAAUAGUUUAAAAAUAUUAUUCCUGUGAAAUAGAUGGAUGUAAACAAAUUAAGCUUGCAGACCUCCAAAGCUGAUGGAGAAAUUAGUGCAAUAAUUGUGGGGAUGGGUGGUGCUGUUGUCAGGCCGUGGGCACAAUUCUAUGGCUGCAGCAGUAGUGGCAGUUCAGUUUGUUUAUUGUAUUUCUUAUUUGGGAGAGUGGUGGGAUCAAAAUUGUUUAUAACUACACCUGAGGUUAAUGAAUGCCAGAGUCUUUACUCCAAUUUUUAAAUGUAUUUUUGAAUCUUGAGAUUAAAAAAAAAUAAUGGUCAUUACAGCUAAAAAAAAUUAAAUUUCUCUUGGAAUCUUGUCUGAUGUCUGUCAAAAUGCUCCAUGAAAGAGUUAUAUGUAUUUGAUUUGCUUCGGAGCCUAUAAUGUUGAAUUUUUACUUUGCACUAAGGCUCAAAUAAAUAUAUAACAGUGUUACAAAACAGUCUUAAAACUCUUCAAAUCAUUUGUGUUCUUGGUUUUGUUAGUAUUUUUUUUCUGUUGGGACACAGUGUUGGUUUUGAAGUCAAAACAGGGUGUUUAAUAAUAAGUAAAAUACUGUGUUAGCAAUUGGUCCCACCCACAUGAUUGCCUUUUAGUGUUUUAUCAGUAAGAAAUAUCUAUCUCUCUCUGUUUAACAUGUGAAUUAUAAGAUCAGCAGUCAGUUUUAGAUAGUUUACAACAGUAAUAUAAAACUGUUUAUCUCAUUUAUUACAUAAAGGUACCUUCAUUCGGCUGGGAGAGGCAUGUGCUGCCUUUUAAGAAAAAAAUUAUUUUUUAUAUCUAUUAUUCUUAAACUUCAACUUUCUGGUACUUAUUCAGCUGCCUGCUCUAAUAGCAUUAGAUUGAUUUGGGACAUCAUAUGAUUGAGAGCUGUUCAAAGGAAUCUUUCAUUCGUGCAGAUAAAGCCAGUUUGUAUGCGCAGUGUUUCAGAAUGACAGCUUUUAUACUGUAAGCAGUGGCUUUUUGAGCACAUUCAUGUUAAGUAGGUCUGAAAGUCAUUACUUUUGGAUAUGGUGGUUAAGCACUUUAAAAAAAAUCAGCUUUUCUUAUUUUCCUGGCUCCUAAGCCAAACGGAAAUACUCAUGUGACUUUUGUUUUUGAUUUUAAAGCAGCAGCAAAGUUUACAGUUGAGAUUUUUAAUAUUGCAUCUACUGUUUUCUCCUUUUUUUUUCUUUGCCCUGCCCCUGAACUUUCUACUGUUAACUUUUUUUGCACAGUAUUAUAUUUUUGGUAGGAUUUCAUAUAUAAAUUGAUUGAAUUCUCUUUAUACUCUAUUUACUAGAGAAAUAUGGAAGCACACAGACUGUUGAAAGAGAAAUAGAAUUCUUUUUUGCUGCUAGUAUUUCAUCUCUGUUUAUUUUUUKCCUUUUUGGUAUUGUAUGUCUUAAAUAGCAUAAACUUUGAAAUACUGGUUGUUUGUAUCCUUUUUUUGUGGAAAUAAAGAUUUCUUACUGUGGGGUAGCACUUUGAUUCAUAUUUAUACUUAUUAGGAAACCUCUAAAUGUGCAAAGUCAGCUCUAAUAAAGAUUGUCGAUGAACAAUUAACAGCGUGGUUACUUAA